UGUACAGUAUAGACAAGUGUUGUCUGCAUUUCAAUUCAUUUCAAAUUAUUUAAUUAAAUCAUUAUUAUAUUAUAAUAUACACCACAAGUCGUGUGUCCAACAAAACUAAAUCAAUCAAUUAAUUAAUUAUUUAAUUAAAACUACUAAUUAUAAAACGAGAGCCCAAACCAUGUCGUGGCAAACAUACGUCGACCAACAAAUCCGCGACAAAAUUGACUGCAAACUAGCGGUGAUGGCCGGUCUGGCGGACGGCCAGGUGUGGGCCAGUCACGCGACCGACGGCACAACCAUGGCAACACCGGCCGAGUUAAAGGCCAUCGCUGACUCGUUGAAAAGUCACCCGGGCACAUUUCUGGAGCGGGGCAUACGAUUGGGCGGUGAGAAGUACAUGUGCCUUAACAUCGAGGACAAUUUGAUCCGCGCCCGGCUUAACAAUUGCCCGCUCACUAUUGUGGCCACCAAUAUGUGUCUUAUAUGUGUGGUGGGCGUUGCCGAUAGUCCACCUGGUAAACUGAACACGGUGGUCGAAACACUGGCCGACUAUCUGAAAACUAUGCGAUAUUAAUUAAUAUAGUUAUUUUUAUUUUAAAAAUUGUGAUGAUUAGUUUGUUUAAUUGUUUUACCUGUUU